GUUUUGGAAGGGAAUGGUGGGAGAUACACACAGUGGGAACGGAGUACAGAGGUGCUUGGAUGCCAGCUGAAGCUUCUCACCUCCUCCCAAUAAUAUUAAAAUGUCUGACGAUGCCGGUGACACCUCAGCCACUGGAGACAAAGCAGAAAUUACCAAGAUGCCCAAUAGCAAGUUUUUACCCAAAGAGACAGAAGCACACUGUGAUUCAGCUACGAUUCCAAAUGAGCCAACACCAGCUGAUGCCACAGAAGAUGGGCAUGAAAAUGCAACCAUUCAGCGUGCAGAGACUGCAAAUGCCCAGCACCCUGAGCCCCAACACCCCAGUGCCACGCAGCAUCCCCCCAAUGGAGAAGUGACUGAGGAUGCGCUUGCUGAAUGCAUUGACUCCGUCAGCCUCGAGGCAGAACUUGGAUCUGAAAUACCCCUGAAAGAGCAGAGUAAUCCGGCUGUGGAUUCCCCAUCACAUGGAGGGGGAUGGGCAGGCUGGGGCUCCUGGGGCAAAUCUCUGCUCUCAUCAGCAUCUGCCACAGUAGGUCAUGGAUUGACAGCAGUCAAGGAAAAAGCAGGAGCCACACUACGGAUUCAUGGUGUAAACUCCAGCUCUUCUGAAGGGGCCCAACCUGAUACCGAAAGUGGAGUCCCUCAAACAGAUGUGGCCACAGAUCAGAGUCCCACAGAAAGCCCACCCACUUCUCCCUCAUCCGGGUCUCGGGGCAUGCUGUCCGCCAUCACCAAUGUGGUUCAAAACACAGGUAAAAGCGUCUUAACGGGCGGUCUGGACGCUCUGGAAUUCAUUGGUAAGAAAACCAUGAAUGUCCUUGCGGAGAGUGACCCAGGCUUUAAGCGGACCAAGACACUCAUGGAGAGAACCGUUUCCUUAUCUCAGAUGUUAAGAGAAGCCAAGGAGAAAGAGAAGCAGAGGUUGGCCCAGCAGCUCACGGCCGAGAGGACCGCACACUACGGGAUGCUGUUUGAUGAGUAUCAAGGUUUGUCACACCUGGAAGCCCUGGAAAUUCUGUCCAAUGAAAGUGAAAGCAAGGUUCAGUCAUUUUUAACAUCGCUUGAUGGAGAGAAGCUGGAACUCUUAAAAAACGACCUAAUUUCCAUUAAAGACAUCUUUGCAGCCAAAGAAUUGGAGAAUGAAGAGAAUCAAGAAGAACAAGCCUUAGAAGAAAAGGGAGAAGAAUUUGCUAGCAUGCUUACAGAGCUUCUCUUUGAAUUACAUGUUGCAGCCACGCCUGACAAACUCAAUAAGGCCAUGAAGAAGGCUCAUGACUGGGUGGGAAAAGAUCAAGCUACCGUAUCAGUAGAUAUGGCAGAAGAGGCAGAGGAGAACACCAAAAAGGAAGAAAAGGAAGAGAAACCAGAAAAUCCUGAAGAAGACAAAAAGGAAGAGAGAAGAACUAAGACAGUUGAGGAAGUAUACAUGCUGUCCAUCGAAAGUCUGGCAGAAGUAACAGCACGUUGCAUUGAGCAGCUGCAUAAAGUAGCAGAGUUAGUUCUUCAUGGGCAGGAAGAGGAAAAACCAGCUCAGGACCAAGCAAGAGUUCUGAUAAAAUUAACUACUGCAAUGUGUAAAGAAGUGGCCUCCUUAUCAAAGAAGUUUACGAAUUCUUUAACCACUGUUGGGAGCAACAAGAAGGCUGAGGUUCUUAACCCCAUGAUCAAUAGUGUAUUGCUAGAGGGCUGCAAUAGCACGACAUACAUCCAGGAUGCCUUCCAGCUGCUGCUGCCUGUGCUGCAGGUCUCACACAUCCAGACCAGUUGUUCAAAAGCACAGCCGUGACCUGGCCAGACUCCCAUCUAGUGAAAGAAAAGGGAGGCCACAUUGCUCUGUUAUAUAUCAGUGAAGGGGAUGUUCUCUGCACAUCUGGCCACAGACGCCCCUUUGAGGACUCUACAAGCAAUUUUGCACGGACAGUAUGGAGAACGCAAGUUGAGAGAGAAUGUCAUUUCUCUUAAUGUAUAUGGUUGUUUUUACAAAUAAGUGUAUUUCCUUUAUGUUAAUUUAAGUUUACAAGGCUUUAUGUUGAUAAUUUCCUUUAAUUUGAAGUUCAUUCACCAAUAUUCAUUUCCAUUUUCCUGGUCAAGCAUGCUAUAUUUAGAAAUUCAUGGGUAGAUCCUAUACUUUUUAUUUAAUCCUUUAAAUUCCCACCUUUAAAUGUCCCAUUCUUAUGGUGUUUCUUUAAAUCAAAUCUUAUACCGAACUUAGUUUUGUUACAUAAAUAUGGCAAAGAUAACACUACUUACAGAUAUUACCUAUUAUAGUAAAAGAGAAACAUAAAUAUCUCUUUAUAGUAAUUCAUUCUGAAAACAAGCUUUCAUUGAACUCCUACUGCGUGCUCACAAUAGAAGAACAUGAUCUGAACCCAGGAAAAGAGUAGUUAGGUACUCUAAGUAAUCUUUAUGCCCAAUGCGGGACUCAGACUCACAACCCUGAGAUCAAGUUGCAAGCUCCAUCAACUGAGCCAGCCAGGUGCCCCUAGACAGAUGCUCUAAAAGAGGAUUAAUAAUAAUUCUUAAAAUGCUUAAAAAUACUAAUAAAUUUUCCAAACCUUAAGAGUUUUGAUGAGCAAGGUAAAACUAGUGUUUUUGUUUUUUUUAAUGUUCUGCUCUUCAAUGUAUUCUUGUAUUUUUCCAUACUCCUUGGACUUUUUGAUCCCAAACUUUAUAUAUGGUGUGAAAAUAUAUAUGAAAGGGGGGUACAAAAGAGUAUUCAGUUUAAACUAGACUUUUUGUGACCAUAAGUACAUGAUAGCAUAAUUACAAAGCCUGGAAAUAUCCGAAUAGAAAAUUAAAGGGAUUUGAACACAACACACCCCCAGACUGCACCUUUAACUCCGAUUCAAGCUAUUGUAUAAAUACACACAUCACACUCCCCAGUGGUAAAUACCAUCAUUGCUUCUAAAGGGCAGAAAAUACUGAUGUGUGGCUUGACUAACUGGUAGAUUGAUCCAUGACAGAUUUCACUGAAGACCCGGUGGCCAGGAGAGGCAUUGUCUGUGAACACUUCUCCUGAGCUCCAUACACUCAUUCUGGUGGGGGUUCAUCCGAGCCCCAUCAGCAUCCCGACGGGCAUUGUCACAAGAUGUCUUGCUCCCUGGUUCUCUCUAAGGCAAAUGAACCUUGUACUUUUAUAGGGGUGAAAAUCCUUUGUUCACAUAUGCUUUCCCUCCCCUGAUAGAGUAGACUGCCUAUGUUCCAUACAGGCAAAAUAGGAAUAUUUUAAUAUUAUCCUAUGUCUUAUUAGCAUUUUACUUGUGUCCUACAUUUCAUUUUGUGUAUCUCCUGAAACAACCAAAUAGAAAACAUAAGAAUAAUUAUUUACAAUCUGGAAAAGAACUCUCUGAGGAAUCAAUUAAAGAUGCUUUUUUUUCUA